ACAAACUAAGUAGCUAAGAGUUUAUGUCAGCUUGGAAAUUAAUUUAUACCCAAAUAAGAUUAUUUUUCUUGAUGCAACAAUGCCAUUUUGAAAAUAAAUAAUACAAUGUAUACAAAGUUGUCAAUUUAUCCAUUGUAUUCAAGUAUCGUAAGAGACAAACAAAAUGCCAUUUUAAGCAUAAUUAUAGCAAACCUACUGAUAAACUUUCCGAGUCUAAUCUGUGCAAUUUUCACACAGAUCAGCCCUCAAUCUUUUUUUGAGAGGAGUGGGAUAAUAAACUUCCCUGCAGUAGUAGAUACCCAAGGGACUUCAAAUUGGCCUUACUCACUCCACGGUGCUCCUCACAAGACCGUUUCCAUCCCUUUCAGAGCAUUGUGCCUUCAGCAAAGUGGACGGCUCCCAGCAUCGGAUCUAAGAGAAUAAGAAUGGAGGUUAAGGUAUCAGUGGAGGGAGUCCCACGUGUUGUCUGUGGAGUUACUGAGAAAACCACAUGCCAGGAAGUAGUCAUAGCUUUGGCUCAAUCCCUUGGUCGUCCUGGGCGCUACACACUUCAGGAGAAAUUCAAAGAGUUUAAGCGGAAUGUGACGCCUAAUGAACGGCUUCUGGAGUCUCUUGAGAAGUACGGCCAGCAGGCCAGAGAGAUCCAGCUCACCCUGCUGCACAAUGGGCCAUCCCUCUGGGAAGGGCCUAGCAGAGGGAAAGGCUGCAGAUACGAGGCUGGCCCUCAGCUUAGGAGAGCAGAUGCUGUGGGCAAAGUACAAAGGGUUAGCGGUGGGCUUAGUUUACACCGUCAAAGCCUACCUCCCUUAUCGUGCCUGCGGCAACAAGCCGAACAGCGACCGGAAGAACCAAAAAGGCCCAAAAGAAAGUCCCUGACCCUGAUGGAGGAGGCUUGGGGAUGGCUGGAGAGCAUAGGAAGGGGCGCAGUGAACCAAUCAGGCCGCGAAAAGGGUAGCAGGAUGGACACUGUUAAAAGGGAUGGUUGUUCCCUGAACGUUUCGGUCACUGUUGCCAAGGAUCCCUCCACUCCUGGGGUUUUACAGAGCAAAUUUAGAGAAAAGAGUGCUAAGUCCACUGAGCACCAGCGAAUCUCCUGCUGCAUGGGAAACCAGGGCAGGGACAGAGAGAAAAGUAACCUUUGCAAUUCUGAUGAAGGUAAUGAUAUCCAACAUGUUAAGAAACACCCAGAGGUUAGCAUGGCAAAGAUAAAAGCUGAGAGCCAGCAGAACCCAACCAGUGCACUUAAGAUGGUUGAUGAGAAAAGGAAGUUAAGAGCACUAGUUGCUAUCCAACAGGCUAGUCUGAAAGAGCUGCAGGUCCAAAUAACCUGCACGGAUAGCCAAAUUCAUGAGCUGGAGGAGCAACGAAAGGCCAGGCAAGCUGACCAAGAGGCCCAGCAAAAAAUAGUGGAGGAGGCAGAGCACCUGGAAUUUUGGAAGAAUGAGCUGAAGGCCGAAGAGGGAUAUGAGAAAGACUUGCAGGAACAGUUCCUGGAGAUGAAGGUGAAAGCUGUGGAGUGUAAGGCCAAGUUGGAAGAGUACAAACGCAAAAUGCAAGGUCUUGAUUCUUCAAGGGACAGGAGAACUGUUCAAGAGGAGCAAGUGAAUGUUCCAAGCCAAGAUGCCACAUCUCCUGCUACUGCAGGGUGGAAAAGGCUGAAUGAGGCCCUGAAUCAAUCAAGAUCUCUUACAGUCAGUGUGGUAAAUACUGACAGGAAGUUUGCGCCCAGAGUGGACUCCAGUCAUCCUCAUGCUGUAGUUCUUCCAAACCAGAUCAAGGAAUUGCAGCCCUCAGGGCCAAGUCAGCUUAGGGACUGGUGGACAUGCUGGUCUGAAGCUCAGAGUCCAAAUCCAGAAACACAACCAAGGGUUGUGCAUCUCUCUGAAAUAAUGAUACAUCUGGGCAGCACCAGAGUUUGAAAAGAGGUAGAGGAAAAACAGAAACUUAUCUGUAAAAACCAAACACAAUAUAGAGUUAGUGUUCAGGGAGGACUGUGAAGCAACAAACAUUAGGCACAGACAUGCAUACACAGAAUAAAAUACACACACGUACACAUGGAUUUUGUACUGUAGAUGUGUUCGUGGUGGAGUAGGGGCCUGAGGGCACACAGUGUGUUGUGAAAUCUGUGAAUGUAUUGUAAUGUUUUUUAAAUUGUAUAAACUGCCUUGGUUUUGCUGCACCCCAAGAGAAGUAUCUGCUGCCAUGGGGAUCCAUAAUAAAUACAUGAUUUGUUUGCAGUUUCACAUUUCUGUACUGACUGUUCUGUUGCUGUAAAAAUAA